CACUUCUCCGACUUAUGUAUUAACAAACAUAGUCUAUGAAUUGAUAUGUAUUUUAUGCUUCUCUCGUCUCCUCAGUUCUCAGAUCUUUAGUAGUGUUCUUCCUAUGUUGCAUCCUCUUCAUAGCUCAUGUGGUUUCUUGAAAAACAUUAUUAUGCUUGAAUUUGAGUUUUGAUUCUCGGUUGUGCAUAGUUAUGUGUAAUCAUGCUCAUAUUUGUCUCAGAUAGAUUGACUCACCUUAGUUUCUAUGUAUAUAUAUUUGCUCGAGCCUUUUCUCCGCAUGUAAAAGAUAUAUUUCAGUCUUUUCUCAGUUCAUAUUCUUCCUUUCAUUUUUAUUUUUAUUGUUAAUACUCUAUGGUCAUGUAGUAACGUAUAACUUAACUUUCAUAGGUAGUAAAGUGUUUUUUUCAUUUCUCAGGAAAACAGACAACGUGAGCAACAUGCACAAGGAAAACACUGGUGAUGCUCCAUCAGCACCUACCCCUCGUGUUCGUCAUCACCGCAAGCGAAACACUGAUGUUGUUGCAGGAGCAGGCAAACCAAACGGAAGUCAUUUACUUGUCAAUGACAGUAGCAAAUACAAAUCAUUUCUCAUUCGAGCUUACUCCACUGUCUGGAUGAUCGGUGGUUUUGCUCUAAUAGUCUACCUUGGUCAUCUCUACAUCACAGCCAUGGUAGUUGUUCUCCAGAUAUUCAUGGCAAGAGAACUUUUCAAUUUGCUAAGAAAAACUCAUGAAGAUAAGCAGCUCCCCGGUUUUAGAUUACUCAAUUGGCACUUCUUUUUCACAGCAAUGCUUUUUGUAUAUGGUCGAAUACUUAGUCAACGGCUAGUCAACACUGUGACUCCAGACAAAGUCCUGUAUAGGCUGGUCACAAGCCUCAUCAAAUACCACAUGGCAAUCUGUUACUCCUUGUAUAUAUCCGGCUUUGUGUGGUUCAUCCUGACGUUAAAAAAGAAGAUGUACAAAUAUCAGUUUAGCCAAUAUGCAUGGACGCACAUGAUCUUGAUUGUGGUGUUUACUCAAUCUUCAUUCACCGUGGCCAACAUCUUUGAAGGAAUCUUCUGGUUUCUUCUUCCUGCGUCACUUAUCGUCAUCAACGACAUCUUUGCGUAUAUCUGUGGUUUCUUUUUUGGAAGAACACCGUUGAUCAAGCUAUCACCAAAGAAAACGUGGGAAGGUUUCAUCGGAGCUUCUAUCACCACAAUGAUCUCUGCGUUCCUGCUUGCAAAUAUAAUGGGACGUUUUCUAUGGCUUACAUGUCCCAGAGAGGACCUAUCCACGGGCUGGCUCCAAUGUGAUCCGGGUCCUUUGUUCAAGCAAGAGACACAUGCUUUACCAGGAUGGAUCUCUAAUUGGUUGCCAUGGAAAGAAAUUUCUGUUCUACCAGUUCAGCGGCGCUUUGCCAGUGGUUUCAAAAGAGCUUUCAAAGUCAAGGACUUUGGUGAUAGUAUUCCCGGACAUGGUGGAAUCACAGAUAGAAUGGACUGUCAGAUGGUGAUGGCUGUCUUUGCAUAUAUAUACCAUCAAUCCUUUGUUGUACCUCAAAGCCUCUCUGUGGAUAAGCUCUUAGACCAGAUAAUCACAAACCUGACAUUGGAGGAACAACAAGCUCUGUUCACGAAGCUUGGCCAAGUGUUGCAGGAAAAGGUUAUUGGAUCUUAGAUCAUCAUCACAGGCCUUCACUCUACCUACCAUGUUAUAUACUCUUGCGUGUCACACAAAGCAAUAGAUUCAUAAGUUUGUUGUGUUUCCACCUUGGGUUUAGCCUCUCUGUAUAUAGUAAGAAGAAUGUAAGAUGAUGUAUAUGACACAAGAAAUAGAGAACACAAGAGCGUUUCAGCAAGUUAAAAAAAUCAAUUCUUCUUAAGAUCA